AUGCGCCAGCCAGGAACAGAGGAUAAACGCAGGUUCUCUACACCGUUGGCUAGCAUAGACCCUCACGAUGGCCGGGAACGAAGCCCUCCAUCAUCUAGGAAGCGCCCAACUUCGCUUCCGGUACAAGCUAGAUCCGUUUCCGAGAGCGCAAGAUACCGAGACCACUCUGUUCGAUUUCGUGAGGAGCCACACGUUACUCAUUUCGCAACACCUGUACACAGCGAAGAUGAGGAGUCCAUUGCUGGAUCAGAACUGACGGCGGAGAGCGACGUCUCCAGCCGACUCCGACGCAAGCAACGCCUCCCUCGAAAGUCGACAACCUUUGCGCUUGCGCAUCCCGCUCCUGGACUUCGCACAAAACAGCGCCGCCUCGUGCAAUUUCGACCAAAGGUGCUGCUGCAGCUGCAAGAGUUGGGCGAGAAGCGCGCUGUUCCAGCAUUUGAUAUCGUCCCGUCCAGCCAGAUUGCAGGAAGCUUCAUUAUCCCUGCUCUGGCGAAACGAUUUCCUCGAAUGUUCCGAGCCAAGCCAAAUCUUGGCCAAAACGAUUUGCUACUGAUGCGUAGCGAGAAUUACAACAUAUCAACGCCCUCUCUCCCGGGUCUUGGCGAUGCAAGUGAGGCAAUGGGCGAACGAGACGUUUUGGCAGUCGUCUCUGUGAAUGCCCAUGACGGCACUGACCACGCUGAAUUGACAUUUCGCGAUGGCUCUGCCUGGACCAUUGAGGCUAUUGCGAAUGGUUCAUACGAAAUGAAGAGGGUUGAUGGUUCUGCUUCUCCCAUGACAGGCAGAUGGGUUCGUCGACUGACACCCUUGCGGACGAAUAGUAUCGAGUCUGGCAACGCUGUGCUGGCGCAACCGAUGCGAGACAAGUGGACGUUCAGCAUAUUGGAUCCUGCUACCCGCCGACAUCCCAUUAUGGGUGUGCUGACACCGACUUCGUUGGAGAUAUACGACAACUAUAACACAAUGUCCGCCUCGAGCAACCGUUACCCACCCACCAAGCCAUUUGGAAGCGUGGUUGGACUGCCGCAAGAGGAUCAGCAAAGUCAAGCCGCUUCUGCCGUCACGGAGGAGAGAAAGACUGUGACAGUUACUGAAGAGAAGAAACUUUGGAUGAUGGUCUCGGCGACGUGGAUUAGCCUCCGACAAGCGGGCUGGCCGGCAACGGCCAACCCGAAAAUGGCUCGCUCCUUGUCACAGUACUGUGGUUCACAGUCACAGAACGACCAGGCGAGGGCAUCACUGUCUGAUUCGCGAGAGAGAGCGGGGGAAUUUAAGUCUCAGGAUGGUGCGAGCAACCAGCGCAGGAAAUCGACAGGGUUUGCGCCACAUCCUCCGCCACCAGUUCGGACAUUAUCGGCGGCUAGUCACUUUAUGAGAAAGCAACAAGAACAACGGCGGCAAGAUCCGGCACACGCUUUGUCGAAUGACGGGCGAAACACGCCCGACAGCGUGGACAAGCCUAUUGCAUGCAAAGGAGCCAUGACGAAACUGGCCUCGUGGGUGCGUCAUUGUUUCGGUUGA